AUGNAAGGGACGUCUAAGCGACCGACUCAAUCUAAGAAGCGAAAAGUGAAAGGUCCAUUAGACAGNUUUGUUACUUCACCUCCUCCGGAUAUAUUGNAAGGAAGAAAGGAUAGGAAANAUAUUUUUGGAGUGUGUGACAAAGAACUAAGAGAUAAGGCUUGUGGAGGUAUUGCUAGGUGGAUGUAUGAUGCUGGAAUUCCAUUUAACUCCGUUACUUAUGAUAUUUUUCCGGAGAUGUGUGAAUUGAUUGGACAGUAUGGUAUGUUGCUUAAGAAAGAAGUAAACAACACUCUCACUCAACUCUCGGUCCAUAAGAAAGAGUGGGCAACUAAAGGAUGUUCAAUUAUGUCAGAUGGAUGGCGUGAUACGAUAUCUAAGAAAGAUAUAAUUAAUUUCUUAGUCAACUCUCCGAAAGGUUCGGUUUUCAUCGUUUCGAAAGACGUUUCAGAAGUUGUGAAAGAUGCNACAUUGUUGUUUCAGUUGCUUGACGAUAUGGUUGAAGAAGUGGGAGAGGCAAAUGUUGUUCAAGUUNUCACUGACAAUGCAUCUAACNAUAUUGCAGCUGGAAAAUUGCUCCAGGCGAAACGACCACAUCUCUAUUGGACUCCUUGUGCUGCACAUUGCAUCGAUCUGAUGUUGGAGGACAUUGGAAGAUUUGCUCCAGUGAGAAGUGCAUUGAAGAAGUUGGUUCCGGAUACUGGUAUCCAAGAUAAGAUAAUGCUCGAGCUGGAUGCAUUUAAAAAUGUAACUGGCCUCUUUGGUCAUAACAUGGCUGUUAGGCACAGAGAUAUCAAAUCACCAGCCGAAUGUUGGUCGUGUUAUGGAUCUUCAACUCCAAAUCUAAGAAAAUUUGCUGAGAAAGUUCUUAGUCUAACUUGUAGUGCAACUGGUUGUGAAANAAAUUGGGGUGUUUUUGAGCUUUAUAACCGAGCUCUGCAACGUCGGUACAAGAGAAGUGAUACCAUUGAUCCUAUUCUCUUGGAAGCGGUUGAUGAAAGUAAUGGGUGGCUAAUGGGAAAAAUGGAUGGAAUUGGCGCUAGGCGCACAAUGGCGAUAAGUUUUGGAAACAAAACUUCAAAAUGUUGUAUUUUUGAGAAUUGCCCUAAAACAUAA